CAGACUAUGUCAGAGAGCCACAAUGAUCAUGCAAAAUAACAGUUCAGCCUCGCCCCUGUUUUCAAAUGUGAGCUCCUUCUGGAAGAGAGAUUCGCACGAACCAGGACUCCUUGAUGAAAAAGCAUCGCUCAUUGGCAGCUAUGAUUUCCUUCGGACCACAGAGAGUUUUUCCUUCUCCACUGUGGAACCAACAAACAUGUCCCUAAAUACCACAAGCAAAGACCCUCUGGGUGGACACACUGUCUGGCAAGUUGUUUUGAUUGCUUUCCUCACUGGGAUCCUUGCACUGACAACCAUCAUAGGAAACAUCCUAGUGAUUGUUGCAUUUAAGGUUAACAAACAACUGAAAACGGUCAACAACUACUUCUUAUUGAGUCUUGCUUGUGCAGAUUUGAUCAUCGGUGUUAUUUCUAUGAAUCUUUACACCACAUACAUCAUCAUGGACCACUGGGCUUUGGGAAACUUGGCCUGUGAUCUUUGGCUCUCCAUUGACUAUGUUGCCAGUAAUGCCUCUGUCAUGAAUCUUCUUGUUAUAAGUUUUGACAGGUAUUUUUCCAUCACUAGGCCACUUACAUACAGAGCCAAACGAACAACCAAAAGGGCUGGGGUGAUGAUUGGUUUAGCAUGGAUCAUCUCUUUUGUUCUUUGGGCCCCUGCCAUCUUGUUCUGGCAGUAUUUUGUUGGGGAGAGGACUGUGCCUCCUGAUGAAUGUUUCAUCCAGUUUCUAAGUGAACCUAUCAUCACUUUUGGCACUGCCAUAGCUGCCUUUUACUUGCCAGUCACUAUUAUGAGUAUUUUGUAUUGGAGGAUCUACAAGGAGACCGAGAAACGCACCAAAGAGUUAGCAGGGCUACAGGCUUCAGGCAGCGAAGCAGAGGCAGCGCGCUUCGUACACCAGAACUGCAGCAGCUACGAGCUACAACGGCAGAGCAUGAAACGCUCCACCCGAAGGAAAUACAAACGCUGCCACUUCUGGCUCACAAUGAAGAGCUGGGAGCCCAACGCAGACCAGGGGGACCAAGAGCACAGCAGCAGUGACAGCUGGAACAACAAUGAUGCUGCUGCCUCCCUUGAAAAUUCAGCCUCCUCUGACGAAGAAGACAUUGCUGCAGAGACCAGAGCCAUCUAUUCAAUCGUGCUGAAGCUUCCUGGUCACAGUGCCAUCCUCAAUUCCACAAAACUACCCUCCUCAGAAGAUUUGCAUGAGUCAGGGGAUGAGCUGCAGAAAUCCGACACAGAAUCGAAGGAAAAGAAACCUAAAAAAUUGCACCCUCCCAAAAGUGUUCAGGAUGGUGGAAAUUUCCAAAAGAGCUUUUCUAAGCUUCCAAUUCAGCCAGAGUCAGCAGAGACAACUACAGCUUCUGAUGUCAUCUCAUCCAUGACCAAGACAUCUGCAGCCCUGCCCUUGUCCUUCAAGGAAGCAACUUUGGCAAAAAAGUUUGCCUUGAAGACCAGAAGUCAGAUCACAAAGCGAAAACGAAUAUCACUUAUAAAAGAAAAGAAAGCGGCACAGACACUCAGUGCCAUUUUGUUUGCCUUCAUCAUUACCUGGACCCCAUAUAACAUCAUGGUUCUGGUGAACACUUUUUGCAGCUGUAUCCCCAAAACUUUCUGGAACCUGGGGUACUGGCUUUGCUACAUCAAUAGCACAGUGAACCCUGUGUGCUACGCACUGUGUAACAAAACAUUCAGAAACACUUUCAAGAUGUUACUGCUGUGCCAGUGCGACAAACGAAAACGACGCAAACAGCAGUAUCAGCAGAGGCAGUCUGUCAUUUUUCAUAAGCGGAUCCCAAGGGAGGCUUCAUAG